UCCUAUUUGUAAAUCGUAAUUCAUAUGUAGUUGAUAACUUGUUAAGUGAAUACGUAGCUGUCUACACUUUACAAGUUGGUUUCCGAGUCGAAAAUAUGGAUGGAUGGAUUCUUCGAGGUCCGCUAAUUCACAGCACUUUCAGUAGCCUAGGAUUUUCUGAUUCAAAGGGAUAUUGCAUAAAUGAAAACUGUAAUGAUGCUUUGGAAUGCAUACUACAUAAUAUACUGACAGAAGAUAGGAAUUUACGCACGUACAGAAGGGCUAUAAGUUUCGGGCAAAAUAUCCAAAAAGAUUUGAUCCCCCUUUUGAUAAAUACAAAAGAAGACAAGACCGUAGAGCUCUUGAUAAAGAUUCUUGUCAAUUUGACCAUUCCUGUCGAGUGUUUACUCUCGAUUAAGACGGCUUCGAACGCUGACGUUGGGAGACACACCAUAUUUGAGAUUAACAGCCUAUUGGCAUCUACAAAGUCUGCAUUCAAAGACGACAGAACAACAAAAGUUGUCAUUGAAUUUCUGAAAAAGAAUGCUGAGCUAGAUGUUGAGCUGAAUGUUGAGCAGAAGUCAAAGCUAUCACUCGAACAAUGCACCAACAUCACUAACACACUUUUGCUGCUAAGAAACAUACUUCACAUUCCCGAGGAAAUCAGUGAGAUAUUUGCAAAUUACAAUGGGGUGCCGCACACCAUACAAAACCAAAUUAUAUGGAAUCUGUUUAGCCAACGCAUAGACAAAGCUAUUAUCAAACUCGUGACGAUUCCAGAGUCUGUAAGUUAUCUAUGAUAAUUAUUCUUUUGUGGUAUUUACUAUGACGAUGUGUUUUUAUGAAAAAAAUGUGACGAGAUCAGCAAGGAGUUCGUUCAUCUGGUGGUACGCGAUACGGCCUGCCCAGUUCUUGAUUGAUCAAUAAGGCUCUGAGUGGCAUCGCAAUUUCUUUCUUUCUUUCUUUCUUCAAAAUACUGUUCAGCUUUUUUUUAUGAUAGUAAGGGAAGGGCCGAGCAAGACGUUCAUCUGAUUUAAACCCAAAAAUUCUGAACGGCACUACAAUUGCGCUCGUCACCUUGGGACAGACCAUGUAUAGUCUCAUUUGCCCAGUAAUUUCACUAGCUACGGCGCCCUUCUGACCGAAACACAGUAAUGCUUACACCUUACUGCUUCACGGCAGAAAAAGGCGCCGUUGUGGUAUCCAUAAUCUAGCUGGCAUCCUGUGCAAGGAGGCUCUGGUAAAGUUAUACGGGAUUGUUGUCCCAUGUUGUUAU